CCGCUGCAGCCAUUGCCGCAGACACGAUGCCGAAACGAAAGAAGCAGAAUCAGCACCAGCCACCGACACAGCAGCAGCCCCCACUGCCCGAGCGGGAAGAGACUGGAGAUGAGGAGGAUGGGAGUCCCAUCGCUCUUCACAGAGGUCCUCCAGGAUCAAGGGGACCACUGAUUCCACCACUGCUGAGUCUCCCACCUCCUCCUUGGGGUAGAGGCCCAAUUCGGAGAGGGCUUGGCCCCAGGUCUAGCCCAUAUGGUCGUGGUUGGUGGGGAGUCAAUGCAGAACCUCCUUUUCCGGGGCCAGGCCAUGGGGGUCCCACCCGGGGAAGCUUUCACAAAGAACAGAGAAACCCUCGAAGGCUCAAAAGCUGGUCUCUUAUCAAGAACACCUGCCCACCCAAGGAUGACCCCCAGGUUAUGGAAGACAAAUCCGACCGCCCUGUCUGCCGACAUUUUGCCAAAAAGGGCCACUGUCGAUAUGAGGACCUCUGUGCCUUCUACCACCCAGGCGUCAAUGGACCUCCUCUGUGAGACUGUGCCUUCCCAUCCAGGCUGGAAGGAGCUCUCUGUGACCUAGCAGCCAUUUAUUUCUCUGUAGCCCUAUGAUGGCUACUGUGAGGCUCUUCUAACACCCUCAGUCAGUGACACACCCACCCCAUCCACCACCUCCCCCGUGUGGGGUCCAGAGUUGUGUUGCAUCACUGGUGCGCAGCAUACGCGCUUUCUUCUGAUCCAGCCUGUAGAGACUCGCCUUCGGGACCCAUCUUUGCUUCCUUUCAGUUGCCUCCUGGAUCUUCUUUCCCGUCAUCAAAUGACUGCUGAACAGGAAACCUCUUUGGUGCUGUUUCUUGUGCAUCUGUCCACCUGUUCCCCAGUAUUGCCCUCAAUUCCUGAGAGCCCUGGAGCGGUUUCCUACCAUUCCCUUCUUUUAGCUGCUUGUUUUAAGUCCUUUUUAUGUGACAUUCCCUACCCCCAAUGUUGUCAGCUGCUUGUGAAACUCAGCCAGGUUGUCUAACCUGGGGUCAAGUUUGGGUGACUGGUGCAGAGUUACUUCCUAAAAGGCCACUCUCCCUGCCUUUGGAUUUCAUAGUUUCUCUGUCAGUAGCAUGAUCCCCACCGCUAUGGUCUAUGAUCACCGUGCUUUGUGAAACUGUGCAUCCCCUUGUAGCCUUUCUCAGUGUCCGUGGCAUUUUUGUGACUUCCCAGCACUAGAAUAAGUUUUCCUGCCAAAAUGAGUGAGGCGCUUGGUGCCCUCUGGACUUUCCCACUUCCCAACAUGGGAGAAUUGUGAACUUUCCAUCAGACUGCCUCCCUGGCCCUCCCCAUUCUUCUCCUGUUGGUUAUUCUGAGUCUGACACAGACCCAUGACAUGUCUUAUGAAGCCUCCAAUGGCUUUAUCCUACCUAGAUCCCUUCCAGCCCAUUUUAAUUAGACUAUGUUAUUGUGAGGCCACCAGUCCAUUCAUUUGAAUUCUGUGAAUCUCCACCUUGCCUAUCUUUGGGUAGAACCUGGACAGUACUAUUGCCCUCUUCCAAUCCUCUUCCCCUACAUCCCUGGCACUGGUUGUUUUCUGUGAAAACAGCAGUGAACAGGUUCAGUUUUGAACUGGCCCUGAGGAAAUGGGUCAGGAGUUGUAUUGGCAAGAGGGAGGGGUGAGAGCUGUUGGAGAACUGAGAAUGAGGUUUUUGUUUUUUUUUUCCUUUUUAACUUUUUUUAUAUUAGUAAUAAAUGCAGUGGAAACCAGCAUUUUAUUUAA